AUGGCCCGUCCCCGCAUCGUCGUCCUCGGCUCCCUCAACAUGGACCUCGUCUGCUACGUCCCUCACCACCCCCUCCCCGGCGAGACCCUGACCGCCAACCACUUCGCCACCUCCCCCGGCGGCAAGGGCGCCAACCAAGCCGUCGCCUGCGGCAAGCUCUCCCGCCCCUCCUCCUCCGCGUCCUCAUCCUCCUCCGAUGCCACCGCCGACGUCGCCAUGAUCGGCGCCGUCGGUGCCGACCCCCACGGCACCCAGCUCCUCGACAGCCUGCGCGCCCACGGCGUCGACACCGCCCACGUGCGCAGCCUUGACGACGCCAAGACCGGCGUCGCCCUCAUCGUCGUCGACGAGCCCUCCGGCCAGAACCGCAUCGUCCUCUCGCCCGAGGCCAACCACGCGCUUCUCCCGGAACACGUCGCGCAGGCCAUCCCCGGCCCGCGACCGGAUUUGCUCAUCAUGCAGCUCGAAGUACCCCUCGAGACGGUCCUGCAGGCGCUUCGCACCGCCCGCGAUGCCGCGAUCCCCGUCCUGCUCAACCCGGCGCCCGCGAGGGAGCUUCCCGUCGACGCGUACAAGGGUCUCGCCCACCUGGUGGUCAACGAGACCGAGGCGGCCAUCCUCUCCGGCUGCGAUGAGUCGGAGCUCGACACCGCAGAGGGGUUGAAGCGCGUUUCCGGCAUCUUCCUCGAGCGCGGCGUGCGUAACGUCAUCAUCACCUUGGGUGGUCGCGGCGUCUACUACGCCACGCACGACGGCAAGAGUGCCCUGGUUGACGCUCUCAAGGCCAACGUUGUCGACACCACCGCCGCUGGCGAUACCUUUGUUGGCUCGUACGCUCUGGCUGUCGUCAGCUCGACUGGCACCUUCGACAUAGAUGCUGCCAUCAGAGCCGCUAACAAAGCCGCCGCCAUCACCGUCUCUAGAAGAGGAGCUCAAGUAUCCAUCCCUUGGAAGGAUGAGCUACAGUAA